AAUUUUAAAAAAGGAGUUUGAAGUGCUAUUACAACGACCUUAGGGACAAAAAACAAAUACAAAAUUUAUUACGGAGUAAUAAACUCCAACGAGAUAUAACCAGUUUUCAAUGCUUUUACGUCUCUCUCGGGCUCAAUCUUGCAUCUAAAAAUCUCCCUGAAUUGCAAAAUCAAUCAACUAACGUCGAGCGGGCGGGUCUCUCAUUUUCCGUUUAACCCUUCUCCUUGAUCGCCAUGAAUCCUGAGUAUGAUUAUUUGUUCAAACUUUUGCUAAUUGGAGAUUCUGGUGUUGGGAAAUCAUGUCUUCUUCUGAGAUUUUCUGAUGACACAUACAUGGAGAGCUAUAUAAGCACCAUUGGAGUUGACUUUAAAAUCCGCACUGUGGAGCAAGAUGGGAAAACACUGAAGCUUCAAAUUUGGGAUACUGCCGGACAAGAACGAUUUAGGACUAUUACUAGCAGCUACUAUCGCGGAGCUCAUGGCAUAAUUGUUGUAUAUGAUGUCACGGAUCAGGAAAGCUUCAAGAAUGUUAAGCAAUGGCUAAGUGAAAUUGAUCGAUAUGCCAGUGACAAUGUCAACAAACUUCUUGUUGGCAACAAAUGUGAUCUUGCUGAUAAGAGAGCUGUGCCGUAUGACACAGCUAAGGCAUUUGCUGAUGAAAUAGGUAUUCCUUUUUUGGAAACUAGCGCAAAAAAUGCUACUAAUGUAGAGAGUGCUUUUAUGGCUAUGUCUGCUGCAAUUAAGGAAAGGAUGGCGAGCCAGCCAGCAAACACGUCGAAGCCUCCAACUGUUAAUAUGAAAGGGCAGCCAGUUGCACAGAACAGUGGUUGCUGCUCUUCCUAAGGGUAGUAUACCCCUCCUAGUUGAUCAGUGAUUAUUGUGAUACAAUGACGACUAAUUGGAUCGCUCCCAACUUUAAGGCUUUGUUGAUUCUUCAACAUUUGUUACUUCAAUGUUAUGUGUAUUCUGAGUUAAUAUUGAAAUAUUGCAAAACAAUAAUAAUGGUAGGGAUUACAUACUUGUAUGACAAAACUGUCUUUCGUUGAUAUCGGCAGGUACCCCUGGUCUCAAAUUCUAAAGUGCCAUAAGGCGGUCGCAGGCCUAACUACACGACGGUUGUCUAUUAAAAGUAACAUUUACGACAUUACAUGUCAGGUGGUGCUACCUCGGGUCCAAAAUAAUAGGAUUGUGUCAACAAAAGUGGCCAAAUAUGUGUCAAUAAGAUUUUACACUGUUGGUGUGUGACUUCUCCGAAUCUCCGAUACCAUCAUACCAACGGUUCGAUACCACAAAAUCUAAGUCGUUUGCAAAUAAAUAUCUCCAAGUGUAGAUGCGUCCAAGUACUUUCUUGUAUUUCCCCAAAAUCUACUAACAGAAGCCCCAAAUCCUUAUUGAUAGAAUUUAUCUCCUAUGUUCAUAGGUGAAAGCUAAAAAAAAGUUCAUAGUUGAAAGCAAAUUCAGGAUGUUUUUUACACAAAAAUGUUUUAAAACUGUGAGGCGUGAUAAGACAUUAUUAAGACUAAUACGCACAAUUAGGAUAAAGCCUCCAAGAACUAGGUUCAACUAGGGGUGGACUCGGGCCGGGCCAACCGGCCCGGAACCGGACCGGCCCGCCACUGUGCAGGCCCGGACCGGCCCGGGAACCGGUUCGUUGGGCGGUUCGGGCCACCCGGCCCGGUGGAUUCUCGGUUCGGGCUCGGGCCCUUCAAAAGGUGAACCGGCCCGGCCGGUUCGGGCCCGGGCCGGGCCAAUUUUAUUUUUUUUUUUGAUUUUUUUGAGUUUUUGGGUUGGGCUGGUUAUUUU